CGUCACGACGGUGUCGCGGAUAUUUAUUGUCACGUUGUUUUUUCGUGUCGCGUGGGAUUCUUCAGUUGAGUCGGUACAUGAAUUAGUUAUGUAAUAUAGAUUUAUUUUCUGGUAAGGGAUAUAAUGGAAAAGAUUGCGCAACAAGACCUCGUCUUUUUGGAGCUCAGACAGAAGCUGCAGAGCGGUCUCUUGUUCAUCCGCUGUGACGCUGUCAGGGAUGAUGCAGAUGUGAGGAUGGAGGGUAAAGCAGACUCGCUCCUGAGCAUCCAGACCCCUGACAGGAGCUAUGAGGUGCAUCUGCCGUCUGCUGUGAGUCUGGAGGAGACGUGGAGUCAGAGGAGUCCAGUACAAACUCAACACGAGUCACAGUUCAGACUGAGGCUCAGGGUGGAGCGCCUCACAGAAGCUCCGUGCAGUGUGAUUGGACAGCUGCGGGUCGGUGUGACGUACUCCUUCCUGUGCCAGUCUUGUGGCUCCAUGGUGCUUCAAGACAGGACUUUUGGGCGAGUGCUUCCUCUGCCCAAUGGAAACUGGAAUGCAUUAGUGGACGACUGGUGCUGCCACCCGGAUCCCUUCGCCAACAGGAAGCUGCUCCCGCGAGACGGAGACUGUCUGCUCGGGGACACGUUUCUUCUGCUGGCUCGGGACAGCAGCUGUGAGCAGACCCUCGUACGGGAAGAGAGCUCGCUUCAGAAAGCCUCUGCAGAGCAGAGGCGUAGCAGCAAGCGUGUGAUGGUGUCCUGCAGGAGCUGCUCUGCGGUGCUGGGACAGGAAGUCACCGCAGAGGUGCUGAAGAUUUACAUAACUGAAAUAUUAGUAAAGCCACGUGAAGAUGGAAAGUGUGAUCUAACACAGCUCAGUUUAGUGUCCCAGCCUAAUUCAGAAAGGCAGAGAUUCCUGGAGCGAACGCUAGCGUCCCGGCUGGUCGAGCUGUCAUCCGCACAGAAUACAUUUCGUUUUUCCAUCCAGAACCCAGAUGACAAAGCUGUGAUUUUGCUGUGGCUUCUGAACACGGACACCCUGGUCGCUUCAUUUCCAGGGGGCGACAGCUUCAUAUCCGCAGACAAGGAUCAUCCCGGAGAGCAUCAGUCAUGUCGGGCCGCUCAAGCAGUCAAAUUGCUGUACAUCCUCUGCUCUGACAGCAAACUCCAAGAUGUUGUGGAUGUCUGGGAGAAGGACAUUGGUGUUCAUCCUCUGCCGCUCCCUCAGAGCUCAUGUGAGGAGCUCCAGAAGCUUCUGAUGUCCAGCACCUCCAGACUGCCUACAUUCCUGCGGUUCAUGAAGUCGUAUCAGGUGGCCUACAUGCAGAUGUGAUGCAUCGAGCUCAGACACCACUGGAGCAGUUUAUCAGCACAGAAGUCAGAAAUGAAAACAUUAAACAUUUUUAUAUAAAAGCCUGAAA